CUCUUCGGUAUUUCGAUCCAAGACCAUCCGAGUGGCACCGCUCUAUUCUCAUUCUCGGCCGCCUCUCGCCGACUAGUGUCUACCUGUUACUCGAGCGACAAAGACUUCGCGCUCUUGUCGUCUACGAUACGUGGCGGUGGUCCGGUGAUUUAUCGCGCAUACUUUUCACCAUACGCAACACAUUUUUUGUCUAUGCAUUUUGCGUUAUCAUUAUUAGAGCACACUUUUGCGUAUUGUAUUCCGAAUUGCAAUUGUAAUUGCAACAGACAGGCGCAGCUAAACGCGAUUAAUUGUCUUGUUGCGUGCGCGAAAAAUUGGAAGAUAUUUCUUUAAACGUAUCGUUAUUAUACGUGUAUCGCGCGCGUCAUAUAUCUCGCGUGUGAUUUUAAGUAAGUACUUGUAACUGAACUCGGAGUUAUAUGUAAAGAGAGUGAUUCUCGAAUAAUGACGAGUUAAUCGAUGUGUCGUGCGAUAAUCAGAGGUGAUUUUUUAAUUCAGUGUGUGCGAAUCAAUCGCGGUUUUUUUUUUUUUUGAAUAAUUGACAAAAAAGCACGUAAAUGUCCGAGACGACAUGUGUGACACACGCGAACGUAAAGUAGCGGCGAACGAAGGCGAAGUGAUAUCGUUUAAAGGGUGAAAGUGAAACACGUACCAGCACGGAUCUGAUGCCGCAGUUGUUGGGCAUGUUCGACGAGUUGGCUCGCCGCGGCGAAAAUGGCUGCGACGGCGUGGUGUUAUCGUCGUCCUGUAACAUACCUGCAGCACUACAGAAACGUCUCAGCCUGGUGCCGACCACCCAUCGCAAUUCGAUAUUCAAUCAGCUCUGCACCAGCGAUCUAGCUUCGCAGCAGGACAGUUCGAAAGACAAGGAGCGAGAAGAAGAAGACGGAUACGGCAAGAUGGAAAGUAACACGCAGGAGGAAAGAACCGCGGUGUCAGUAGAGGACGAAAAUAAAGUAGAACCUGUCGAGAAACCGACCUACGAAAGGCGGGAGAACAGCGGUCUCACACCAUUUAGAUACAACAGGCGACGCGGUAGAAAUGGCAGACCGCUGUCCAGUAGCUCGAUCGCGUCCAGCACGUCUUCCAGUGGUUGUAGCAAUCAGGGUAAUACCUGUACCGUCAAUCCCUAUCUGACAUCGGUCGAAUCCCUCGCUGAUACAUGUGCCAGCUCUCAAGGCUCUGCGGACAGCGGAGUCGUAACAGUUUCUGAAGCUAGCUGUCGAAUAUUGAACGAAAAUGGUAAGAGAAGGGACAGUGCGGAGGAGGAUCCCUUGUGCCAUAGACCACGCUAUUACGAUCCUCACCGUAAUCCCGUCGAAAGGGUACUCCUGGAAAUAGUGGACACGGAAGCGAUAUACGUCGAACACUUGCGUCAAGUUAUUCAGGGUUAUCUAACAUUCUGGAGAGACGAUCCGCCGUCGUUCGCGCAUCAAUUACGUCUCGGUGACUUGUUCAGCAAUAUCGAGGAUAUUUUCGAAUUUAAUAGAGAAUUUUUGAGUGAAAUAGAAAAAUGCGGUUUGGAUCCUGUUUGCGUGGCGAAUACGUUUAUCAAGCACAAUUCGGGAUUUAAAGUUUACACCGAAUACUGUACCAAUUAUCCGAGAACAGUCUCAGUUCUGACAGAUUUAAUGGGCAAUGAGGAAACCGCGUCCGCUUUUCGUGAACGACAAGCGGCUCUUGGCCACGAUUUGCCUCUCGGAUCGUUUCUUUUGAAACCUGUUCAGAGAAUUCUCAAGUAUCAUCUACUUCUGGAGAAUUUGUCGAAAGAGUACGGCGCCGAUUGUGAUUCUAAAGAAAAUGAGACUGAAGGCAUAAGUGCCAUCGAGGCUGCACUUACUGCGAUGACUGGUAUAGCGAAACAUAUCAACGCAAUGAAAAAACGACACGAACACGCUGUACGCGUUCAAGAAAUUCAAUCGCUGCUCUAUGGUUGGCCGGGGCCAGAUCUAACAACAAGCGGAGAGUUGAUUGCAGAAGGUCGAUUCCGAAUGCGAGGAGCCAAGGCUCCGAGGCAUGCUUUUCUUUUCGAUCGAAUGCUCUUACUGACUAAGAAAAAAGAAGACGGUCUUCUUGUCUAUAAAGCUCAUAUUAUGUGUUCAAACUUAAUGCUAGUUGAAAGUAUCCCAGGCGAACCGCUUAGUUUUCAUGUAAUACCUUUCGACAAUCCUCGAUUGCAGUGCACAUUGCAAGCACGCAAUUUAGAGCAGAAGAGAGAAUGGACUUUACAGAUAAAAAGGGUAAUGUUAGAGAAUUACAAUGCAGUUAUACCGUCGCAUGCGAGAAAACUAGUAUUACAAUUGGGUCAAACGCAACAAGAAGACGAUGCGUUAACAGACAAAGGAUCGGCGAAAAAACAUUCUGCCCCGCCAGAAUAUUUAGAGAGGCGUAAACAGGAAAAAGAAAGACGUAGAUCCGAAAUUGGUCUUAGGCAAAAGUUCAAGAAGGGUGUUAGGAAAUCCGAUACUACUAUGGAGGUAUCGCCUACGUCCUCGCGUAAAACUGACAACGAAGACGCCGGUACUAACGACUCCAGAGAACAAUCUUUUAAUAGAUCUUCGGACGUACGCGUCUCAAAAGUUAAGGAUCGCUUUACCGGAUGGAGGAGAAAAUCAGAACCAGGCUUCCAGUCGUACAUAUGUCUUAAUUACUCGGACGAGGAACAGAAAGAAGAUCCUGUUGGUGAUGUUCAGUCUACAACCGAAACCGAAGAAACCAUCGAGACUCAUACCGAGACGGAGAACCAGACGACAACAAAAUUGGAUUCGUCACCGAUCGAAGACAAUAACACCGAUACCACCACGAAGCAAACAGUAGAAGAGAUUGUCGGUCACAUUCUGAUGCAAAAUCAAGAAUUUCAAAAAUUGCUCGAUAAGCAACGGACCAGUAAUAUCAUCAGCGCACGCCAGCAACGCUUUAAUAGACGUAAUUCGAUAGAUGUGUCAGAUGAGAGUGAUUCAGAAAACGUUAAUUACAUCAGUAAUCCCAAUAGACUAGGACGCUCUCGAGCGAUGCGGGAGCAGCGUCUGAUCAAGUUGAACAACUCGUGGGAUUCGUUGUCUUCAAAACCGGCGCAGAAAAGUCAACAGUCGUUACCAGUUUGCGACAAUCUGAAAAGUACUCAGAACUCGAUAGAGACGAUUGCGCGGAAUGGCAAGACAAGUAACGUGCGCGAAAAACGAGUGCUUUUUGAGACGUUCAAACGACAGAAUAUUGUCACCGAAAGCAAGAUAAUCAAAACAGCACUGCGUAUUCGCGAGAACACGACGUCGCCCGAUAACGAGACAGAUUUUUCAUCGACAAUAUGCGAACCCACUUAUCGAAUGGCGAAACAAAAUGAAAUAAAUUCUAUCGUGCCGGCAAAACAGAUAGAAAAGGACGUGUUAAAACGACAAAAUGACGAAAUAAACGACGUAAGUGAUGCCGAAUCCAAGAGCUUCGGCAAUUACGACAAUCUGCAGCGUGUCUGGGAAGAACUGCAAACGGUAAAUUACAUCGAUAACAACGACAGUCCGACUCGGCCUGCUGUCUGGCUCACCAAACUAUGCGACGACAUGCCUACCUCACCACCCAAGUGCGGUUCGCUGCCACGCAGCUUUCAAAUAAGUCCGAAUUCUCAGCCGAGUGUGACAAAGUCGCGCUUCUUGCAGCGAGACGGCAAGCCAAUGAGCGAACGACCAUUCACGAUUGCGUCUGACAAACCGGCGGAGAUCAAUCUUGAAGAUAUGGAAAGGUACGCGUCCACGUGUCAGCCUGAGGAUAGAGUUGCCAAGUUUCCCAUGCCUGCCACUUCGUUGAGUUCCAGCUCGUCGAUCUUCUUUUCGCUGGAAGAUACACGAUUAACCGACGACCGUGCUUACUCCAAUAAUGUGCGCAUGUCCGUUACUGGUACAAAUAUCCAUCCGGAUCAUAAAAUCUAUCGAGCAAGCGAUAAUGGCAGCAACAAUCUACUUCGGAGCGUUCUUUUCAAGGCUGGCAAUCACUUACAAGGUCGUUUAAAGAAUACCAUGAGCACGGAGACGCUUGAAUGCAACGACGAACUCGAACGUAAGCGUUACUUUCGUCCCUUGAAUACCGGAGGUAAGUGUUCAAAAAGACGAACUAAACAAGCAAAGCGAUGCGCGAAAGAAUUAUCUUCGAAUGUGGAAGAACUGAUAGGUUGUACAACCGCCGAUGUUGUAACCAACAAUCAGUGGAUUCCUCAACUCUGUUACAAGCAAGGUAGUUCUAAUCUAGGAGCAAGAAUCGCCCAGUCCGAUUACGCUGAUCCGACUAUUCUCUUUGCCGAGAACAAACGCGCUCAGUUCUCGGCAGUUGAAGUUAUUCGGUUUAAAAAGACUGACGAAUCAGAAGAAAAAAAUCGUGCGGAUGAAGAAGAGACGAGUAGUAAGGACACGGAGCAUCGCGACAGUGAGACUGACAGUUUCUACGAAAAGAGCUUUGAAGUUAUCGAGAAUUACGCAGAUACUGACGUCGAUGAAGCGUUUCGAGAUAGUGCGAUAUUUAGCGACGUUGACGAGAUAUUCAUGAUGCAAAAUCAGCAACAACCAGCAGUGACAACAAUAACGACGUCGACGACGACAACGACGACGACGAUGAAGUCGACAAUAACACCUGAGACAGCAGUGAAGAUAAAAGUAACACCACCGAUACCUUUAAAAAGGAAGCAAGAAACAUCUUCGACGUCAACAAGACACAAGCCGAGUAUCGCACAGAAGCCAGAUUACUUGAAAAUAAAAUCGGUAUUAGCAAAAGACUACGUAGCCAAUGAUUCGGAAGUUAAAAUUACCGCGAGAUUAUCGGUAGUUAAUGUAUCUCAUCAGCCGCAAGAUGUUUCGAGUGCCUAUAUAGAUACAGACGAUAUUUCUGCGGGACAAAGUCAAGCGGGAUGGGUACGGAAAAUGGUAGGUCAAUUGCAAGGUCACAUUGAAACGUGACUCGGUUUUGAGAACCUUGGUAGCAUA